AUGUCGAAGACCUCGGCUAUGGCGCCGACGAAGCGGACAAUUCUAACUGAACCCCAGGACUGGGACCGUUGGGUCAAGGAGCUCCGAGCACGAGUGGAUAAGCUUAUCCACAAGCUGAUCUUUCAAGAUGGCUCUGAAGCUAUGGAGCUACCUGAGCGCCCGACUUUUGACGACUUUGCACAAGGCGUUCGACAAACCCCUAUUCGAGACGAACGUCAAGAGCCCUGCCAAGAGAUUUGGAUCGACUGGACCGAGCUUACCCCUGAUUUCGAGGGCUAUGUCCGUGUGAUGUUUAUCACAGACGCAUAUUCGGGCAUGGUUUUCCCCUAUUUCCUUAAGACCUAUCAUUCAAAGCAUCACCUAGCCGCACUUCGAGAUUUCGUUAGCUGGAUGAAGCUUCGUUUUGACUACACGGUGAAAAUCCAGGCCUUCCUCACGACCUAUGGAAAGAGACCGUGGAAGCAUCCUGCUAUCUACGGAAUCGAACCCCGAGCCCCUAGGACUACGAACUCGAUUUCGAAUUCGUCGGAAGACUGGAAAACACCUCUUGAGCUCUUUACGAAGAAGGAUCAACCUCAACAGCAUGCCCAGCUCAAGGCGUACGGCUGCAGAGCCUAUGCCAUGACUUCUAACGCACAGCUAGGCAAGAAAAAGAGGCAGAAGCUUGAUCCACGGUCACAUAUAGGAUACCUGGUUGGAUAUAAUUCAACGAAUAUCUUCCGAAUCUGGAUUCCACAACGAAGAAAGGUCAUUUCGACAAGGGAUGUUAUUUUCGAUGAAUUUACCUAUUUUGAUGGGAAAUUCGAGCAGCCGACGCUGCUUCCUAGCAUCAAUGACCUAAUUCAACGCGUUGAGAUACCGGAGGACCAGAAAAUCAACCAGGAAAUCCUUGACGAAGAAUCGGAGCUUGAGAGCGUGUUCGACGAAGACUCGGAGGAAGAAGAAGAGGAACAGACCGACCUUACCGAUAACGAAGAAGACUAUAAGAGGGCUAGGGAGCUUGAAGAAGCUUCUCUUAUAACACCUCCACUGACAGAAGAAGAUCCUGAGGCAGGAUUCUUGGUCUCUCUUCCGGUUGCUACCCUAAGGGGUGGGGCGGUUUGA